AUGAUCGGCCGCAACACUGAACACGAUGGUUUCCACUCACUCGUCCAAGCGAUCAACGACGUACUCGGUCCCAGCAAUGGCAUUGACUCUGAAGAUGUAGACGAGAACGAACUUCAAGAACUGAUGAAGGCCUACGUAUCGGAAGAGUCUGAGUGGAAAAAGUACUUCUUUCCAUCAGAGACCAUCCCGUACACACGAAACGUUGUCGACAAGGGCAACGGAAAGAGCAACCUGCUCAUCCUGGUAUGGGGUCCUGGAAAGAAGAGCCCGAUUCAUGACCACGCAAACGCGCACUGUAUCAUGAAGGUCCUCAAGGGUAGCCUCACCGAAUCUCGUUUCGCUACUCCCACCGAAUCCGAUGUCCAGAAUCAACGUCCAAUGACCAAGCUUCACGACAUCACUUAUAAGGAGAACGAAGUCACGUACAUGGCAGACACCCUUGGGGUGCAUUGCAUCUCGAACCCCCACCCCACAGAGUAUGCAGUAUCGCUACACCUGUACACCCCACCCAACGCAGCGACUUACGGAUGCAACGUAUUCAAGGAAGACACUUCUGGCGUCAUUCACAAUUCGCAAUGCCAUUUCUACUCUGAGUACGGCGUCAAGGUGAACCGGGACUGA